AUGUUGGCUGCUCGCAGGAAACGCAGGGGAAGUGUUGGCAUGGGCAAACUGUGUAUUUCAAUGCCUGUAUUCGUGGUUGACUCGUUCACGGAUGAGCACUUUUCCGGCAACCCUGCCGCUGUUUGCAUCAUUGAAGGAGUUCAGGAUUUGCCCGAUUUCCUGAAGCAAGACAUCGCUGCGGAGUUCAACUUGUCGGAAACGGCGUUCGUGACGAAAUUGCGAAUCGAAGGCGACUUCAAGACUGACUCUGAGUUCGGGUUGCGUUGGUUCACACCCACCAAUGAAGUGUCACUGUGUGGCCAUGCCACACUGGCUGCUGCUGCUGUUUUGUUCAACGAAUAGAAUUCUUGCGAAGACGUGACUUUCCAAACGCUGAGCGGGGCGUUGAAAGUGCGGAAGUCCGGGGCGAACCACAUCACAAUGGACUUUCCGCUGAACAAACCGUCGAAAUUGGAGCAGACUGACGAAGCCAUGCCCAUCAUUAGGGAAAUUCUGGGCGAGGACCUGGAACCCGCUGACAUUCAAUAUUGCCCAGUCACCAAGAAACUCUUGGUUCGCCUGGAGGACUUUUGCUCGCAGUCGAUGUUGGAGGAACUUCCAGUUCCGAGUUUGUCCAAGUUGAAGUCGAUUCACGACGGAAGCAAAUUCAGAGGCGUGAUUGUGACCGUGAUUGGAGGAGAUUCCUAAUUCUUGGUACAUACUGUGACGAUUUUGCGAC